GUGUUCUGUUAGCUUAGGUUUGAUCCAGUGGUACGUGGUACGAAUAUAUUCAUACAUAACCCAAACAUGAAGCAAGUGUGCAUUCUUCUAGCAGUGCUGCUCUGUACGGCAGCCGUCGCGGAUGCCAUGGUGUUUGUCUACGCACCAACGUGUGCGAUAUGUAAAAGCAUUGGAGCGCGUUACUGUGGCUAUGGGUACCUCAGUCGGAAGGGAGUCUCAUGCGACGACCAGACGACUAUCAAUAGCUGUGCGGACUGCACAAAAAAACUAGGCCGUUGUGAGGACGGGUUCAUUACGGAGUGCUUCUUGUGAAUCAAACCUUGAACGGGAAGAAUAUGCCAUUCGUCUAGUUUGAAGCGCAACCGGAAACUGCCCCAAUGUACUUGGAUGACAUGAAAUGGAAUGUGGUAUUUUGGAUGCUUGAAUGUAUGAUUUCCAAAUGAGAAAUAAAGCAUUUUUUUUCAUUAAAAUCAUUAGGUUAAGGGUCACGAGAGCUGACAAAAUGCUGACAAAUUUGUCACUAUUUGUGACCUUUUUUUAAAUUUCAUUUUGUAGAAAAUCCACUGACAAAAUUUGGCACCGCUGGCUAAUUAAAGCAUUAUGUUAUUAUUAUUUUUUAUCGGAAAAUUAUAUUUUAUU